GGGAAAAUAAUAUUUCACAAAAAAAACAUGACUUGACAGCAAGUGCAGGGGUAAAAAUAAAACCUUUCAAAUGGUUUAUAAACACUCAUAAUAAAACUAGGAACAAGAAACAAGUACGCAAAAUGACUGCAUAAAAAUAUAACCCAUAGCAGCUUAAGAAAAGUAUUAUAUAACAGAACACUAUAUUCUUCCUUUAGAGAUGACUCUGUAGAUCUGUAGAUUACGAGGCUUUGGUUACCUUUACAAGAAAAACACGUUUUUUAAUGUUUUUUAGUUCUUUCAGACUGACAUGUGACUCUGUUGCUUUGUAUUUUGUGUUGGUUUGUUUCUCUUUCCCAUGCACUGGGCUCCCUUUACAUAGUUUGUGUACUUUUACCAUUGUCCUUUCAAAGAUAUUAAUGGUCACUGCUAUUUUAAUUGCUGAAAAAUAUAAUUUAACACUUACUAGACAUAUACCACACUAAUAUUAACCAACAGGAAUAGACACAGAACUGUGCAUUCCCACCUGCAAAUUAGUCACACAAAUUUGCAUACAAAUAUGAAUAUGAAACAAAACAAAUAUAAAACAAAAUUGCAGCUUCCUUGCCAAAUGUCUUAAGUGUCCCUUCUCAGCACAAAACACAAACUUUUAAGCCUAAAAAAUUAAGUCUUUUCAUUGCUCGCCGAAUACUGAUGAGUUUCUCUCUGAAUGGAAAGUUGGCUUGAACCUCUUUCACUCCCACCUAAAGUAAUUUAUUUUUCUAACUAUAAUGUUGGAGGGAGUAGGUGGGAGUGGAAUCAUGAGUGAAUAGAGUGAAGAGGGCUGGACUGAGCACACUGCCUUGUAUGAAGACUGACUAGGUGUGAUUUCCCCUUCUGACAUUUUGUGGUCUGUUGGUGAGGAAAUCCAAAAUCCAUGAGUUAAGCGAAGUGUCAAAGCCAAGGUUGCUGAGCUGAUAGCAAGGUUUUGACACUUGAUCCUGUUAAAUCUAUAACUCAAAAGUUUUUGACGGAUCAUUAAAAAACUUUUCAGGGCAAUAUAUGUGUGCUGAAUUGGAACUGAUUAAAUUCUGAGACGCGUCACCCCAAAACCAAAGCAAUACCACUUAGUGGCAGCAAAGGGAAGGGUCAAAGCAGACAUUUGACCUUGUGAAUGUGACAAGGAUGGAUCUUAUUGCUGCUUCGGAAAAACAUUAUGCGGAUGAAAAUCUACCCCAGGUUUUGUUUUCAGACAAAUUGCCUUCAAAAUGAAGCAGCAGCACUGUGUGGCAGCGAAGGACGGAAACAACAGCUGUAGAACUUGAAAGAACAAGAAACAAAAGGGACCACAAUGAUACAGGCAAUACACUUAGACAGGCAAACGAUCCUAUAACUACCAAAGACUUAAAGGAAACACAAAGUACAUAAUGAGUUGGACCAGGGUUUUCACAGAAAACAUUUAAGUGGUAACACAUUCAACAUAUACAGUAGCUAGCAGCGGAACAGGGCAUGGGCUCACAUAUAUACGCAGAGAACGAGGUCUCAAUGUGAGGACCAUUACCAAUAACCCAAACACCAGAAUAUCAAAGAAUCAAAUGAAAUAAAUAAAAAAACAAUGAUACCAGUUGCCAAUAAUAUAAUUAUAUUCAAUUUAUAUAAGAAAUAAUAAUAGUACAUUAAUAAAUUAUAUCAUAAACAUCUCCUGUAGGUCUUAUGAGUCUCACAAGUUGCCUGGUAAACGCUUUCAACUGAAUGUGCUGAACUCACUAACUUGUUGAUUGCUGAGAGUCAGGAGUAGUAAGGGCCCAAACGAAACUUCUUGAACCAUUUGCUGUAUUUCCUGACACCAUUAGAUGGUGCUCUUGCUUUGGGACAUGCUUUGAGCCCUUCUUUGAAAGAGACCAUCAUUCAGUGGGGUCAGAAAAGACCGCAAAUCCAUCCUAAAGCGUCCAUUUGGCCAUCAUUAUUUGGGAAUAGUGAGCCGCAGCCACCAUGCGGCCAGGCAUGCACACAGCACAAACACAGUGGAUUACAGUAUGUGGGGGGGGCACCAUGCGGCCGGGCAUGCACACAGCACAAACACAAUGGAUUACAGUAUGUGGGGGGGGCACCAUGCAGCCGGGCAUGCACACAGCACAAACACAGUGGAUUACAGUAUGCAGGGGGGCACCAUGCAGCCGGGCAUGCACACAGCACAAACACAGUGGAUUACAGUAUGCGGGGUGGCACCAUGCGGCCGGGCAUGCACACAACACAAACACAAUGGAUUACAGUAUGUGGGGGGGGCACCAUGCAGCCGGGCAUGCACACAACACAAACACAAUGGAUUACAGUAUGCAGGGGGGCACCAUGCGGCCGGGCAUGCACACAGCACAAACACAGUGGAUUACAGUAUGCGGGGUGGCACCAUGCGGCCGGGCAUGCACACAACACAAACACAAUGGAUUACAGUAUGCGGGGUGGCACCAUGCGGCCGGGCAUGCACACAACACAAACACAAUGGAUUACAGUAUGCGGGGUGGCACCAUGCGGCCGGGCAUGCACACAGCACAAACACAGUGGAUUACAGUAUGCAGGGGGGCACCAUGCGGCCGGGCAUGCACACAACACAAACACAAUGGAUUACAGUAUGCAGGGGGGCACCAUGCGGCCGGGCAUGCACACAGCACAAACACAGUGGAUUACAGUAUGUGGGGGGGGCACCAUGCGGCCGGGCAUGCACACAGCGCAAACACAAUGGAUUACAGUAUGUGGGGGGGGCACCAUGCGGCCGGGCAUGCACACAGCGCAAACACAAUGGAUUACAGUAUGUGGGGGGGGCACCAUGCAGCCGGGCAUGCACACAGCACAAACACAGUGGAUUACAGUAUGCAGGGGGGCACCAUGCGGCCGGGCAUGCACACAACACAAACACAAUGGAUUACAGUAUGCGGGGUGGCACCAUGCGGCCGGGCAUGCACACAGCACAAACACAGUGGAUUACAGUAUGCGGGGUGGCACCAUGCGGCCGGGCAUGCACACAGCACAAACACAGUGGAUUACAGUAUGCGGGGUGGCACCAUGCGGCCGGGCAUGCACACAGCACAAACACAGUGGAUUACAGUAUGCGGGGUGGCACCAUGCGGCCGGGCAUGCACACAACACAAACACAAUGGAUUACAGUAUGCGGGGUGGCACCAUGCGGCCGGGCAUGCACACAACACAAACACAAUGGAUUACAGUAUGCGGGGGGGGCACCAUGCGGCCGGGCAUGCACACAGCACAAACACAGUGGAUUACAGUAUGUGGGGGGGGCACCAUGCAGCUGGGCAUGCACAAACACAAUGGAUAAUGAGCUUAAUCCACAAUGGAGGGGCACUGAAGGUAACAUGGCUACCGACAAAAAUGAAGCGGUAAAAGCAAAUGUAGAUGAAUUAAAAAAAUGUUGCCAUGUUUUUAUGUGAUCCAUCCU